UCAUGGGUACCAUCGCCAAAUUGUCCAUUGUCAAGGGCAAUCAACAAGAAUUGAUUCCACGUCACUUACACAGAAUCUUUGAGGAAGGUGUGGCUCAUCGUUCGCAUAAAACCGCUCUAAUACACUACAAAGAUGCCAAUACGGCGGCCGAUUUUCAAAAGCAACUGCCCCGCCAAACGUCAUAUUUGGAAAUGAAUCGCAGAGCAAAUCAAUGUGCUCGCCUUCUAGUUAGGGAAGCCACACAACGUUUCCUCCAGCCCAAUGCAGAUGGUGAUUAUAUAAUUGCUGUUUGUAUGCAGCCAUCGGAUGAUUUGGUAACAACUCUAUUGGCUAUAUGGAAGGCUGGUGCCUCAUAUUUACCCAUAGAUCCAAGUUUCCCAACAAAUCGCAUCCAGCACAUUCUACAAGAAUCCAAACCAAUAAUUGUGGUUCAAGACGACAGUGUGGACAGCAGUCGGUUCGAUUCGACACUGGUUACUACCCUCACGAUUUCAGAAUUAAGUUUGAACUCGUCACAAAUGCAGGGGACUAAUCUGAUGGCCUCGGAAAUGUUAAGCAGCGGUGUCAGUAAUUUGGCCAUUGUUCUGUAUACAUCGGGAAGUACCGGCAUACCAAAGGGUGUUCGUCUCCCACACGAGGUCAUAUUAAAUCGUUUACAAUGGCAGUGGUCCACAUUCCCAUACGCUUUGAACGAAACAGUGGGAGUAUUUAAAACAGCUUUGACAUUUGUUGAUUCCGUGGCAGAAUUAUGGGGACCAUUGUUGUGCGGUAAGUAUUUAAAAUCCAAUUUAAGAUUCAACACCAUUCCACAUUUACUCAAUACAAACAAACAAAUUUCAAUUCCUUCCCUAGGAUUGGCAAUUUUGGUUGUACCAAAGGCAAUAACUAAGGAUCCCGAGCGUCUUGUCCAAGUGCUUGAGAAGUAUAAAAUACGCCGCUUAGUUUUGGUGCCUACUUUGCUGCGAUCCCUACUUAUGUAUUUGAAUUUGGAUGGUGGCCGAAUCACCACAGGCAGCAACGAAGGCAAACUUUUGUAUAAUCUACAUAUCUGGGUAUGUUCCGGUGAACCAUUGCCAGUGGCCUUGGCAAGCAACUUUUUUGAUUACUUCCAAGAGGGUGUUCAUGCCCUUUACAAUUUCUAUGGAUCCACUGAGGUUAUGGGCGAUGUCACCUAUUUUGCCUGUGAAACGAAGAAGCAAUUGCAGCACUUAGAUCGCGUGCCCAUUGGUAUUCCAGUAAAUAAUACCGUUGUCUACCUAUUGGACUCUGACUACAGGCCAGUUAAGCAUGGUGAGAUUGGAGAAAUUUACGUAUCGGGUCUAAACUUGGCCGAUGGUUAUGUUAAUGGUCGGGAUAAGGAGAAAUUUGUAGAGAAUCCCCUGGCUGUGGAGUUGAAAUAUUCACGUAUUUAUCGCACUGGCGAUUAUGGUUCCCUUGCAGAUGGGUACAUUUUCUAUGAAGGGCGUACCGAUUCCCAAAUUAAAAUCCGCGGUCAUCGUGUUGACCUCUCCGAAGUGGAGAAAAAUGUUGCCGAACUUCCAAUGGUGGAAAAGGCCAUUGUGCUUUGCUAUCAUGCUGGCCAACUUGAUCAGGCCUUGCUGGCCUUUGUCAAACUACGUGAUGACUGCCCUCUCUACAAUGAGUUGCAAUUGGAAAGCAAGCUAUCGGAUAAAUUGGCCGAUUAUAUGAUACCACAAGUUGUGUUAAUCGAGCAAGUUCCACUUUUGGUCAAUGGUAAAGUCGACCGUCAAGCCCUCCUGAAGAAAUAUGAAACGGCCAACAACAAUGAGGGUGAUUCAAGCAUUGUGUUAGACUUCGACUAUUCCCAAGUACCAGACGAACUGCGUCCAGUGGCUGAAGAUCUCUUCGAAACCGUUGGCAGUGUUAUUGGACGAUCGACUCGGGCCACCUUAACUCCCCAAAGUAAUUUCUACGAACUGGGUGGCAAUUCAUUGAACUCUAUUUACACGGUAACACUGCUGCGUGAAAAGGGCUAUAGCAUUAGCAUCUCCGAAUUCAUAGCCGCUAAAAAUUUGGGUGAUAUCUUGCACAGCAUGACCAAAGAUCGUGAGAUCAAUAUGGUGGAAGAUACAGAAAUUUGGUUAAGUGCUUGUCCUCACUUGGAUAUGGAAGCUGUACCCCUACAAUACUCACACAAACAGGAUGUCAUCCAAAUUAUCGUGGACAGUUUCUAUGGAAAGGCUGACUUGGAACAAUGGCUGAAACCGGAUAUAUUACGCACCGAUUACAGUGAUUUAAUAUCGGACAUUUGGGACGAUUUGGUGGAAAAAGAUUUGAGUUUUGUUGUGGUCGAUAGGAACACAAAUCGCAUCAUUGGCACAUCUUUAAAUUUCGAUGCCCGCGAUGAACCCGAAGUAGAAGUAAAAUCAAAAUUGAUUGUUGUUUUCGAACUUUUGGAAUUUAUAGAAGGACCAAUUAGGGACAACUACUUGCCCAAGGGCCUAAACAAAAUUUUACAUUCGUUUAUGAUGGGUACCAAUGUUGAUCUCAAUGCUCAAGAGAAUAUUGCAUGUAUGCAUUUUAUGGAACAUGAAGUAUUAAAAUUGGCUAAAGAGAAACAAUUCGCUGGCAUCUUAACCACCAAUACCAGUCCUCUGACACAGCAACUAGGCAAUGAUGUCUACAAUUAUAAGACCCUAUUGGAUUAUCAGGUUAACGAAUAUGUGUUUACAGACGGUACACAUCCCUUCGGUAAAGCACCCGACUCACAGCGAGCCAUUGUACAUUGGAAGGAAGUUACACCCUAA